UAUUAUAAAAUGGAGAUCACUGAAAUGCAUGAGGUCAAGGUGUUACUCAUUGGAGAUUCAGCCACUGGCAAGACUAAUAUCACAUAAAGAUUUGGAAGCAAGACCUUUGAGCCAAAAUAUUUUGAAACAAUUUUUGUUGAUUUUAAUCGAUCUAAGCACCAAAUAGAGAAUAAAAUGGUCGACUUCCAAAUUUGGAAUACUUCUUGCGAAAGAGCCUAUGAGCCAAUGGUCGAGGAAUUUUAUUUUGGGAGUCAUGCGAUCGUUGUGGUCUACGACAUCACCAACAGAGAAUCUUUUGAACAAGUUGAUAUUCAUUUCAGCAAAAUAGAAAAACUCAAUCCAUACAUCUGAACAAUUGCUUUAUGAGGGAAUAAGUCAGACCUAGAAGAUGAAAGACAAGUAUCCUACAAGGAAGGCAAGCAGCUCGCAGACUGCUAUGGUAUCCAGACUUUCUUUGAAACUUCUGCCAAAGAAGGGACUAACAUAACACCUUUGUUCACAGAUCUCUUCAAGGUUCACUUGGAGUCAGUCAAGGCUAGUAAAGUAAGCCCCAAGUGUAUCGACCAAUUUAAAGGCUAAGCUCUUAAAUUGUUUUUGGAAUCU